AUGUCGGUUUCAUGCAUCUCCGACUACGACCUCCUCUGCGCCGAGGACUCCUCCGGCAUCCUUUCCGGAGAUUCGCCGGAAUGCUCCUCCGACAUCGACUCCUCUCCCCCACCUCUGUCGCCUCCGCCUUCCACGGAGGACUAUUCAAUCGCCAGUUUCAUCGAACACGAGCGCAACUUCGUCCCCGGAUUCGAGUACCUCUCUAGGUUCCAAUCUCGCUCCCUCGACGCCGACGCCAGAGAGGAAUCCGUUGCAUGGAUUCUCAAGGUACACGCGUAUUAUGGCUUUCAACCUUUGACGGCGUACCUCGCCGUCAAUUAUAUGGAUCGAUUUUUGGAUUCUCGCCGGUUACCUGAAACAAAUGGGUGGCCUCUGCAACUUCUAUCUGUUGCAUGUUUGUCUUUGGCGGCAAAGAUGGAGGAACCUCUGGUUCCAUCUCUGUUGGACCUUCAGAUAGAAGGUGCCAAGUACAUAUUUGAGCCGAGAACAAUUCGUAAGAUGGAGCUGCUUGUUCUGGGUGUCUUGGAUUGGAGGCUACGAUCAGUAACCCCACUUUGUUUCCUCGCUUUCUUUGCGUGCAAAGUAGAUUCAACGGGAACUUUUGCCAGCUUCCUUAUUUCCCGGGCCACAGAAAUCAUCGUGUCUAAUAUUCAAGAGGCUAGCUUUCUUGCUUACAGGCCAUCAUGCAUUGCUGCCGCAGCCAUACUUUCUGCAGCUAAUGAAAUUCCAAAUUGGUCUGUGCUUAAGCCUGAGCAUGCUGAAUCCUGGUGCGAGGGAUUACGAAAAGAAAAAAUUAUAGGGUGCUACGAGUUGAUGCAAGAACUUGUGAUUAACAAUAACCGCAGAAAACUCCCUAAAGUGUUGCCGCAGCUGCGAGUAACAACUCGGACCCGAAUGAGGUCAAGUGUCUCAUCAUUAUCAUCCUCUUCGUCCUCCUUUUCCUUGUCUUGUAAGAGGAGGAAAUUAAGUAACUGA